CAGGCAGUAGCCCAACUCCGCUCCACGCCCUCGCCCUCCCGCAACCUCACCACCUGCCUCUCCUUCGUCCGCCGAGCCGCCGCCCAAAAGGCCGCCGCGCUCUUCCUCCCAGAAGCAUCCGACUUCAUCGCCCCAGACGCCCAAACCAGCCUAUCCCUCGCCCAACCCCUCUCCACCUCCCCGUUCGUCCAGGGCCUAUGCGCCGCAGCCCGCGAGCACCAACUCCCCAUCUGCGUCGGCGAGCACCCGCCCAACGCAGCAGCGGGGAAAAUGUACAACACGCUCCUCUGGAUCUCGGCGGGGGGCCACAUCACGCACACGUACCGCAAACUACACCUCUUCGACGUGUCGCUGUCCGCCUCAAACACACAGCUCCGCGAAUCCGCGUCCGUCGCGCGGGGCCCCCGCAUCGAGGACCCCGUCGACACGGCGCUGGGGAAACUGGGCAUGCUGAUCUGCUUCGAUGUACGGUUCCCGGAGCCGAGCCUGGUGUUGCGGCACCGCGGGGCGCAGGUCCUUGUGUACCCGAGUGCGUUUACGGUGCCGACGGGUAGGGCGCAUUGGGAGGUGCUGCUGAGGGCGAGGGCCAUCGAGACGCAGAGUUAUGUCGUUGCGGCGGCGCAGGUCGGGGUGCAUGAUUCGGUUGAGGAGGGCGGGGAGGGGAAGAGGAGGAGUUAUGGGCACAGUAUGGUUGUUGAUCCGUGGGGGGAGGUGGUUGCGAGGUUGGGAGGGGAGGGGGAGGAGGAGGAGGAGGAGGGCAAGGGUAGGGGGAAUGAUGAGGGGGGGAUGCUGUUUGUGGAGGUGGAUUUGGGGUUGGUGGAGAGGGUUAGGAGGGAAGUUCGGCUGGUGAGGCGGAUAGAUGUGUAUCCUGAAUUGACGUGAGGGUGGGACUCUGCAUAGCAACGGAAUGAAGAUGGUAUGGUACCGACCGUAUACAGGAACGGGACAGGUGGAAAUUCUAUAACAUUCUUCAUGUGAAGCAAUUCAAAGGUUAUUCGUGCUGGUGGCCGGAGCUCGAUGGUGUCGUGUUCGCGCACGCGGAAUGGAGAGUGUACUCUCUGAAAGAACAGGUCGACGGCAUGGCACAGACGGGGUUGGAGUGGAUUGAUGACUGGAAAAUGCAGCCUAGAUGACACACUAAUCGGGCGCCAUCAAAUGCCCGUUGAAUUAUCAUAACAGAGACAAAAUUCGAGGGCAGGAUGACCCUACUGACGACGCAGUGAGAGUACGAUGGGCAUACUGUGUUGCGAACUUCUCAAUAGCGGCAGACUCUCGGUAUCGUCUCACCGAUU